UCCUUUUUGAGAAAGUGCUCGGAGUUUUGGAAAUAGAGGAGGAGGGUGAACCAGCGGAGCCGGGGCUGAAGGGUCUUGGGGGCAGCAUCACUUUCAAAAGUUUGUCUCGGUUAUUUCCUGGAGUCUCCAAACUAUAAACUGGCCUGGUUUGUUUACAUUUCGUGGCCCAGGCGUGCAUGCGCUUUAUCACUCAUUUACGACACAACGCGUUCCAGCUCUUCUGGCUGGUGUUUAGAGGCUCGGUCCAGUAAAUAGAAUGUUACCGAGCCAGGUUGGAUCUGCACCAUCUGGAAACGGGUCAGCUUCGGGUAGGGGUACCACAGGACACGGUUCGGGGGUUGUCGGCAGCGGGAUCCGUCCCGUUUUGGUCAGAGCAGGGCAAGCUUUACCGGGGGUCGGCGAGAGUGCCGGUGCUGCCGGGCGACAGGGGGAAAGAGACGCCGUCGGGAUGCUGGGGGCUAAUGGUCCAGGGGGUGUGAGAGGUACGAGACCGGGGAACGGGACAGGGGUGACCCCUCUACAGACCGCUGUCCAGGGAAACAUGGUGGGGUUAAACGCGGGAGUUGUGUUGCCACACGGAGCACGGUUCGACCCGGACAGAGAGUGUGCUCCGCUGUGCAGCGGCUCGGAUAACGACUCGGACUCCGGAGAUGAUGACGACCCCGUGGGUUCACUCGGGGACAGCAGGAGAGGGGUGAAGCGGGAGAGAGGGGAGAUGGAAGCUGCAGUUACCGGGCAGGAGGUGGGAGUACCUCCCGGAGGUUACGGCAUGGUGUCCGGAGGGGUCGCCGGGGCAAAGCCGGGGAAGAAGACACGUGGUCGCGUAAAGAUAAAGAUGGAAUUUAUUGACAACAAGUUGAGACGCUACACGACUUUCAGCAAGAGGAAGACGGGUAUUAUGAAAAAGGCCUAUGAACUCUCCACCCUGACGGGAACCCAGGUUCUGUUGCUUGUGGCCAGUGAAACCGGUCACGUUUACACUUUUGCCACUCGCAAACUCCAGCCAAUGAUCACAAGUGAAACAGGCAAAGCCCUGAUCCAGACAUGCCUCAACUCACCAGACUCGCCGCCACGCUCUGACCCCUCCACGGACCAGCGCAUGAGUGCCACAGGCUUUGAGGAGACAGACCUCACCUACCAGGUGUCUGAGUCGGAGAGCAUGGGUGACACAAAGGAUACACUGAAGCCGACGUUCACGGUAGCCAGCCUACCAGGCACUACCAGCAGCACCCAGUCCACAGUACCCACCACCUCCACCACCAUGCAGGUGAGCAGCGGACCUUCGUUUCCCAUCACCAACUACCUGGCGCCCGUCUCGGCCAGCAGCAACGUCAGCGCCAACGGUACCGUCCUCAAGACCACCGGCGCCUCCACAGGGGUCAUGCAGCUGCCCGGUGGCUUCACUUUCAUGCCUGCAGGCACUCCUCUCCCCCCUGGCACCCCCACCAUUCCUCUGAGCCAGCUGCAGCAGCACUCCCUGGCCCUCCAGGGGCAGCAUGGUCAGGCCCUGGCCACCGCCCCGCAGCCACAGCAGGGACAGCAGGCUGUCUUCCGCUUCCCUGCUGCUGUCUCCCUCACAGGAGCAGGGGUUCCUCAGCAGCUUCAAGCUAUCCAGGUCCACCCCAACACCCAGUCCACCUCCAACGACAGCAGCCCGGAGAUCUCCCACACCUCCACAAACUCCACCGCAACGGUGAGUCUCCCAGCAACCAUUGUCACCUCAUCAGUGCCAACGUCUGUGGCGGGUCACAUGAUGUAUCCCAGCCCCCACACAGUAAUGUACGCCUCCACGCCGGCGCUGGCUGACGGGGGACUGGCGGUGCUUAACGCCUUCUCCCAGGGCACCUCGGCCAUGCAGGUAUCCCACGCACAGGCCCAAGACACAGGUGCUGUCUCUCAGGUGUUCCUCACAGCACCUCCAGGCACAGUGCAGAUCCCUGUCUCAGCGGUGCAGCUACACCCAGUACGGCAAGAUCUGCAUUUUACAAAUGGUGAUUGGCCAGCAGUCGAGCGGCAGCAGCAGCAGUAACCUGACGGAGCUUCAGGUGGUCAACCUGGACGCAGCACAGAACUCGAAGAGUGACUGACAGACGGCUGGAGCUGUUUUACACAGCAGACCCAGGGACACAGACAGACAGACAGACUGACUGACAUCUCUAUUUAUUGAUGCCUUCCUACAGUGAGUUUCACAUCACACUUCUGAAUGUGACUUUAAGUACAUAUAUAUAUAUACACACACACACACAAUCAAGGGCAUAUGUGUGGCUGACCUUGAUACAGUAUACAGUAUGUUUUGGCAUAUAAAUAUAUAUAUAUUCGCAGAUGCAUAGGAAAUAUAUCACUACAUCCAUCAUCGGAACCUAUUUUCUAUGCCGUUAGAUGGUGUCAUUUUUUGUGUGUGCAUGUGUUUUUUGAAAUGUGUAAUUACAUGUACACACACUGCAAGGUGCCACAGCUUCACACCAGCCAAAGAGACAUUUGUUUGUCUGAAUGUUCCAGUGUGAGCAAUUUGUGCACAAGCGUGUGUGUCUGUGUGCGCGUGCAUAUCUGGGGUUUGUAAAUGGGCGGGGAGACGCUUAUUGACUUAACAAAAAAAGAGACAUUUGGAAAUGUAAAUAAUUUUUUUAAAUUGAUAACUUGUAUUUUUAGCCUGGUUUAGUUUGUGCAACGGCAUGUAGUUGUUUUUUACGUAGUGGUUUUGUAUGUACAAGGAAAUGAUUUGCAUAAAGAAAAUGAAUUAUUUACAUGUAUAUGUAAAUUAAUUUAAUAUACCAUCAUAAGUUGAAAUACUGUCAUGCUGUUGGGAGUUUUCACUACAAGAUGGAGAAAGAACGCUGGAUGUUUUUCUACAUUGUUUUGAUUGUGACAUUUGUAGGACUGCUCCUCAAACAGUAUCAAGUACAUGGGUCACAAAAUGUAAACAAAAGAUAUUUAUGAUUUGCUGUAAACAUAUACUUUACUGGGAAGACUUCAGUGCAACAGCUGAUGGCAGGACCAUUUAGUUUGACGUCAGUUUUGCACGGUGUUUCCUGAUGAAGCCCUCAUCUGGCACUUUCUCAAGUGUAGAAACUGUUCAACUAUGACAAUCUAAUGGAAAUCGUUUGUCUCAACUUUUAGCUUAAUGCUAUCUGUACUUUCGUCAGCAUUCACACAGAAAUGUGUGAACACUGAUGCGAAGACUUGCUUCUCCGAGUAAACACCUGAGAGUGUCACACAGGUUUUCUUGACGUCAGAUAAAUAAGCGAACUUGUCUAAUUUCUUUGAAAAGCAAUCCAGUGUAAACCUGUUGCUUUGAUUUGCCUCCACCAGACUGCAGAACUUUAAUUAUGUGAUGCUACUACUGACUUGAGUCAGGGUAUUGGACACAAAUCUCUUAUUCACUGAGUAAGUAAGAAACACUCGGUGGUAUUCAGUGCAGUCUCAAUGCUGUCAUAUUACAGCAGUAAUGAAUAUGAAUAUUUUUUGUAAGAAGAAGGAUCUCUUAAUUUGGAAAAGUAAAUUCAGGUGCUCUAAAAUGUUAUACUCCUUUAACUAGAAGUGUAAGACCCCAGCUGACUGCAAUCUCAGUAUGUAUCUCAGCAAUCAUUAAGAAUGAGUUAUUAGACUGAGAGCCUUCUUUCUGCACCAUAGUGCCUCUUUUCCAUGGCUGAUUCCUAAAAUCACUGCAAGGCAAGGGAAGUGUAGGAUUUACUUAUUUCCAGACCACCUCACAUGACUUUGGACCUGUCAUACAAUCCUCCGCUGUGCCCGGAGAGUGAGAUUUUUUGACUCAUUUCUAAAGAAUUAGCCGGAUGACUGAGCAUGGCAGGCUUGAAGCCAAAGAGAAUCUGACAGAGGAUAAAGUACCCAUGCUGACUGCUGUUCAGUUAUUCACUGGCAAGAGAGGUCAUUUUCAUGCUCGAUGUUCUCUGGUCUUUUCCUGUACAUGUUGUCAUGUCAUCCUGCAGCGCUAUUUCAAUACAAAAAUUACAUGUUGGAGACAUUCAAUGCUCCCUUUUCAUCUGGUGGUUAUUCAAAAGUAUCAUUUAUAACGGGGAUUAUUAUUGAACAGAAUUUGUGGUUUUCACCUUGUCACUGAAAGAAAUGGUUAUUUUGUGUAUUUCUGUUUUGUUGUACAGACAUUUUGUAAUAAAAAACGAGAUGAAACACAAUGAUCUGUUCAAAGGAUGACCACAUCUCCUGUUGAAGAACCUUUUUUUUAAUUGGGACGGAGAAUGUUAAACAAAACCAUGUUGUCCUGAAUGAAAUCUAAUACAUGUGUAUAACAGCAGUGAUGAAAUGAAGACGGCUGAUGAGGAAUAAAUGAACAACAGUAA